UUCUUCCUCUUUUCUUUCUUAUAAAAACAUUCAGGAAGGAGCGCGAGUAUUUUUUCAACGACAGUGACCGGAACGAAAAAGUAUUUUUAUUAUUUUUUAUUUUUUUGCUGACACACGCAAAGUUAGAUGUGAAGUUAGUUAGUGCCUCCGCCACCGUAACGAGAAAGGCUGGCGGAGUAAUCUUGUUGGUGUUUACGGUGUGAUUUGUAACGCACGCGGUCUCCGUACGCAAGCUCGCGUGCACCCCGGAGCAACUUGUGUUCAUCCGCGUGCGCCUGUUAGCUGCUCUUUAGCGCCUCGCAUCACGGGCAGCCAGGAUAUGAAGUGAAGUAUGCUGCUUGGGGACCAGUUUGAUGCUAAGUGUCAAUGUUCUUGGACGAAGACAGAAAACUCAUUUCUGAUUGGAGGAAUGAGUACCUUGAAAUUCAGCACAUGUGAUUUGGGGGGCAUUCAGUGUUUUACCUACACUAGAAGAGAAGAUUGCUUUGAAUAAGCGAGACCUUCAAUAAGUUUUUAAGUCAUGAUGCAAGAAUCUGGGACAGAGACAACAAGUAAUGAACCAUUUAAUCAAAAUGGAAGCGCAAGCAUGGAGAAUGAUUCCAAAGAAGGACAACGCGAGAGUGCUACGCCAUCAGUGGAAGUGACUGCAGCUGAUAUUGUGCAUCUCCAACAGCACCAGACUCUCCAGAUAGCUCGGCAGUUACUUCUGCAGCAGCAGUUUCAACAAAACGCUGGCCGCAAAUCCCCCAGAGCAAACGACAAAGACCAAAGCCUACAGGUUCCAGUGUCAGUGGCUAUGAUGACACCUCAAGUGAUAACUCCUCAGCAGAUGCAGCAGAUCCUUCAGCAGCAAGUCCUGAGCCCUCAGCAGCUCCAGGUUCUUCUCCAGCAGCAGCAGGCCCUCAUGUUACAGCAGCAGCAACUCCAAGAUUUCUACAAGAAGCAGCAGGAACAGCUCCACCUCCAGCUCCUCCAACAGCAUGGAGGGAGCAAGCAGAAUAAAGAGCAGCAGGUGUCAGCACAGCAUUUGGCCUUCCAGCAGCAGCUCCUUCAGGUCCAGCAGGUCCAGCAGCAACAUCUGCUCAACCUUCAGAGGCAAGGGCUGCUCACUAUCCAGCCUGGACAAACGGGCCUGCCGCUGCAGUCCCUCACACAUGGCAUGAUUCCUGCAGAGCUGCAGCAGCUAUGGAAGGAGGUAACAAAUGCUCAUGUGAAGGAGGAGCACAACAGCAGCAACAAUGGCCACCGGGGCCUUGAUCUGUCCUCCCCGGCACCACCAAAGAACCCUCUCCACAACCAGCAUACCCCCACCAAUGGACAGUACAUGAGUCAUAAGAGAGAAGUAUCCACAAUAGAAGACUGCCACCCCCACAGUCAUCCGCUAUACGGUCAUGGUGUUUGCAAGUGGCCUGGAUGUGAAGCAGUGUUCGAUGAGUUCCAUUCCUUCUUGAAGCAUCUUAACAAUGAGCACGCUUUGGAUGACAGGAGCACCGCCCAGUGUCGAGUGCAAAUGCAGGUCGUACAACAGCUGGAGCUGCAGCUAGCGAAAGACAAAGAGCGUCUGCAAGCAAUGAUGACACACCUUCAUGUUAAAUCUACAGAGCCCAAAGCCACCCUGCAACCGCUCAACUUGGUGUCCAACAUUACAUUGUCAAAGUCCGCCCCUCCUGAAGCCUCUCCUCCGCUGAGUCUCCCCCAGACCCCCACCACGCCCACAGCACCGCUCACCCCCCUGUCUCAGACUCAUUCUGUCAUCACGGCCAACAACCUCCACAGCAUGGGCCCCAUGCGACGGCGUUACUCUGAAAAAUACAACAUGCCCAUCUCUCCAGCUUUUUUUGUCAUUGCAGAUCUCAGUCAGAACAAAGAAUUUUACAUGAAUGCAGACGUUAGACCACCUUUCACGUAUGCCUCAUUAAUAAGACAGGCGAUCCUCGAAUCUCCGGAAAAGCAGCUAACACUAAACGAAAUCUACAACUGGUUCACACGAAUGUUUGCAUAUUUUAGACGCAACGCAGCAACGUGGAAGAAUGCAGUCCGGCAUAAUCUUAGUCUACACAAGUGUUUUGUGCGAGUAGAAAACGUAAAAGGGGCUGUGUGGACAGUGGACGAAAUAGAGUUCCAAAAGAGACGGCCUCAAAAGAUCAGUGGAAGUCCAGCAUUGGUGAAGAAUAUUCAGACAAGCUUGGGCUAUGGGCCGACCCUUUCCGCUGCAUUCCAGGCUUCAAUGGUGGAGAACAACAUACCUCUAUACACAACGGCUUCCAUUGGAAGUCCCACCCUCAACUCCUUGGCAAACGCCAUCCGUGAAGAGAUGAAUGGAGCAAUGGACCAUGGAAACAGCAACGGCAGUGACAGCAGCCCAGGACGCUCGCCACUGGCAGCUAUGCAUCACAUCAGCGUCAAAGAGGAACCACUGGACCCGGAGGACCACGAAGGACCUCUCGCCCUGGUAACGACUGUCAAUCACAGUCCCCACUUUGACCACCACAGAGAUUACGACGACGACCAGGGCCAUGACGACAUGCUGUGAAGACUGCGCGUUCAUCCGGGAGACGCACAAUGAACAGCUGUCUCAAACGCUGAUGGCCAAUGUCGCCGAGUAUCUUUUUAGUGCCAUAACAAGACAUUGCAACACAAAACAUCCCACAAGUGGGUCCUUUUCCCUCCCCGAUCACUUUUUACUUUUGAAGUCAAAACAACUUUUGCUUUCUACUUUGUGUCGGAUGGAUCAGUUUGGUACGCGGCGACGAGCUCGCCUCACAGAUGAGAGACCAGAAGGGGACAGAGAUCCUUGCCACGCAGCCAGGACGGACGGCAGACUGUGGCAGGGUUACAUCCAUCUCUUACCCCCCCCCCCCCCCUCACACUAUAUGCCCCCUCCCCACAUCAUGCCUGCCUGAGGACACACAUAUUGACACAGACCAAGUGACUGACAUGCCAUUUAGGGGAACGUGCUUUCACUGCCUUCAACACUUUGCAUCGCAAUGAGUCCAUCUACUGUGCGAGGGGUGUUUUUAUUUGUUUGUUUGGGGUUGUUGUUGUUUUUUUUGGUGGCGGGGUGGGGGGGGGUGGGGGGGGGUGGGUGACAGUUAAGACUAUCAACACAAUGUCUUUCCAUCAUUCAAUGCUGUUUAUGAUGUCUCUUUUUUUUUUUUUUUUUUUUUCCUCUAAACUCAUCAGACCUCAUGUCCGUGCUGUGGAGAUUGUGUUUUCUGCACUUGAUGAUGAAUGUUUAUGAUUUCCUCUAAUGUUGUUCUUUAAAAAAAACAAAAAAACAAAAAAAAACACACACACACACACCCGAAGCAGAAUGUCUGACACAGUGUAUCAUUUUUCUGUCAUUUAUUCUAGGGAGAAAAAACAAACAAACAAAAAAAAACAAAAUAUAUAUAUAUAUAUAUAUAUAUAUAUAUAUCUUGACUAUUCACCACCUCUGCGCCCCCUUCACCACCCCCUUUCACGAAGUCCACCGGCCUAUGAUGAAGGCGCUCUCCACGCGUCAAUGAAGCCUAGUGUAAGAUGCGAAUGAAUGACAGAGAAAUUAUACAGGUUAUGUUUUAUCCUCGUGACGUUCCACUUUUAAACACGGCUGAGCCGCGAGACACUUUCUGAUCACUUGCAAGCGGCGAGCAGUUUAGCGAGGGAAAAUGAAAAUGUCAGGUGUGCACCAGCGGGAUAAUCAUUUCAACUCAUUCCUGUACGUAGCUGCCAUUGUUGAUCAGAUGGGUGGAUUUCUCCACUCUGUAAUUUCCUUCUGUCCAGCUGAAAGACAAACUUGCAUUCCCUGAGUGUUUGUUCAGUAUCAUGCGCCAGACUAGUUUGACCUGAGAGUUCAUCAUUUCACAGCAGAUGAAACGCUUUUCCUUUCAUGUCGGGAAAGGGUCCAAGACUUUGCAACAAAUGUUGUCGGCUCUCGAUAGAGCCAGGAGGAGGGUCUGAACACACAAACACAGCCAUUUCAGACAGCAAUCUCAUCUACUUGAUGCAAAAUCUUACCAAUACUAUACGUCUUAUUUCUAGUCAAAAACUCACUUGAAUACACUUAAAAUAAGACUCAUCGCUUACAAUGUAACUUGUUUUUAGACCAUUUUCACUUGUUUCCGGCAACAUUUUCACUUGAAAUUUGACAUUGUAAUCAUAACAACAAAAACUUACUCCACUGACAAUUCUUUUCCGACUCAUGUCAAAGCAAACAUUUGUUUGAAACAAGUGACAAUUGUUGAAAAACAAGUUACUUUUUAGGCGAUGAGCCUUAUUUUAAGUGUACGGUAAUCCCACGUUUAUCGUGGGGGGUUAGGUUCCAGACCACUCCCGCAAUAGGUGAAAUCCACAAAGUAGCAAGCUCAUAUUUUUUUUAAAAUGUAUUAAUAUUAUUGUAUUUUAAAGCUCCCUCCCCCCACACUCCGAUUAACCUCUACCAUAACCUCUACUUUUAAACACCUUUUAAUCUCUUAAACAUAUAGCAAAGGACAGUAGCGCUGUACACUAUGUACAUUUUAUUCUUUGUAAUGUGUUUUAAUGAAUUUCUCUUGGUUUUUUGGUUUGUUUGUUAGGCUCGGAAGCAUUUAUAUUACCAUUGAAAACAAUUACAGCAUACAGUCAAAAUCCGGCGAUAUGGUGAAUUAUGUGCAAUAAAUCCGCAAUGGACUGAAUCUGCAAUAGGUGAACCGCGAUAUGGCUAGGGAACCCUGUAAUCAUGUUAAUUUUGACUAAAAAUAAGACAAAUAUUCUUGGGAAGAUUUUGCAUUUUUGCAGUGUUGGUGAGACGGUCACUAAAUUCCACUUGAGAUCAAUGGGGGUUUUUAUCAAGAGCAUAUUUUUAAAUGUUUCUUAUUUUUGGUAUAAUUAUUAGCUUUUUGUGAAUCAUUGAGUACUAAAAAUGGUGCUCUGUCACUACCAAAGAGAUACAAUACUACUAAUUCUAUAACCAAGCAACAAACUGAUCGGGCCAAAUCUGGCUGCUCCUCCUCCAGUUUCCUUUCCCAUCGGUUUGUCAGCUGCGAUCGAGCUGGGAGACGGAAUUGAGGAAAAGGCUCCUCACGCUGGUUUUAAUCAAACCAGGCGUCACAAAAAGGGCAACUGCAGUGACCCAAAAAUGAACGGGAGGCCAUUUUGACCAAAUUAGGGCAACUUUUUGUCUUUGUCGGUGAGCAGAAAAUGAGCUAAAUCUAUUAAAUGAGGAAAACUAUUACAGGGAAUCAAGAGAUAAUAAACAAAAUCAAACAAAAAGCUUUGCCGAGACCAAUGAGCAACUGGACCACACAAUGACCCCAUGUUUCGUUUCUCCAUCCCCUAUCCAUGGCUAUCAUUUGGAAUGAUUGUAUGCCUGUUUUUAGAUGUUUUGUGCGUCUUGACUGGGUUCCCAUGUACCCCAACGUUGACAAGACAUUACGAUUGUUUUUAAGUUUCUGUAUUACUUUUUAUAUUAAAAAAACGCACUCCUGUCAACUAUUAAGCUGGGUACAAGGUACUUUGUAGCAGUUACUAUUAUCGAUGACUACGUUUAAUGCUCAUUACCGAAAAAAGGAAAAGUCCAAUUUGCGAUUUCCAAAUGAGGCAUUUUUCCGAGGAUCAUGAGAACCGGGUCAGACUUGCCCACCAACCUCCAGUCUCUACCUAGUGUGUUUGCUUUUGAAAAAGGGGAAAGACAGCCUCAAACAUUUUAAGCAUGUGAAGCUUGACAUUUCUAAAGAUGACAGCAUGAGAAAAGAGUUCAUACAGCAACGGGAAAUGAUUCGUUUACAUCCAGAUUUCGCUCAGUUGUUCUCUUGUCUUGCAUGUGUAGAAAGAAAGUGGCAAAAGUGUUUUGGAAAAUGUCUGUCUUCAAGGUUCCAUCUUUCAUUUGGCGACGCAGCAAACACUCAGCUGUGUGUUUGUCACCACUCAGUCUUGUGUGGGAUGAAGCAAAGCGACGCCUUUAAGGGUGCUAAAUUAGGUUUGUUGUUCUCGUUCUGAGUCAGUAAAGAUUUCGUCUUUCCCCUCACUUCUCUCAAAGAUGCAUUUGUGCUGUUGCUUUAUCACAACUGCUUCGUGUUGACAUUGAGCAAAACUGCUGUAUGUAUUGGGAUAUCAAACUGUGCUGCACAUGUAUUCAACUUAGUAAUUCUUGCUUUUAAAAUUUCGAAAAUCAUCAAGGCAGGAGGGGGUGGGCUGAGAGCCAAUUUUGGAUUUUCAACUGUAAUAUAGGAACAGACUUUUCUCUGUUAUCAUUGAAUUUAAGGCUUUUUGUACAGAUUUUUCCCUUUUUGUGUUUUUGAUACUUCCUUUUAAUGGUCCAACCACUGCCUUCUGUGGCCAUAUGUGAAACAUUAUUGCUCAAGAAAAGGCCACACAUAUGUAUUUCCUCUUUAGGAUGGAGAUGUGUUGCAUGACAGUCCUGGCUCGCAGAAGAGGGGCUUAUGGUUGAAGUGGUCCGUAAUAAUAUAAGGGUGUAUUACGCUAAUAAUAUUUUAUAUGGAGGUAAUAGGAAAAAGACAAAUAUGCAGUGCCAAGAUGUAAAAGGUGUAAAGACUAUUGUUAAAUACUGCCUCCUUCGUUUUUGCUUUAUUUUUUAAGGAAAAUGAUCAGAUGUGUGUCAAAGAGUUUCCCUCAUCCUUUUUUCUCAUUCAAGAUUUCAUUGUAAGUGGACAGAGGUUAAAAGCUUCGAGACUAAGCUUCACUUGUCACAGCACACUGAGCUAAGAAGCCAUCGUUGCAUCCACCGUCAACCAUUGAGCCCGCUGUAAUUGCGUUGGAUUUCCACCUCUCCUACCAUACGCUUAUAUGCAGAUGGCGGGUGGGGGGAGGGCCAGCUUGGCAGCCCGGAAAGGCCAUUAUCUCAUCUUGCAGCAGCUUGUCUUUCUUUUCUUUUAUUUAUUUGAGGAUGAACUAUGUACUUUCUUUUCCUUGUUUUUUUUUUAUGUAGAGUAAUCAUUUGCUCCUCUCUUCCAUGAGUGUGUCACCUCAUCAUUCCUUGUCUAACUGAUGCAGACCAGUGAGACCACUCUGUUGUAGUUAGUGCCAACUACUGACAUGAGCGUUCUAA